AGUUGUUGAAAUACCGCCGUUGAGAGUCGAUGGGAAAAAAUAUUUUCCGAAGUGAAAAAUGAAGUUUUUUAUUGUGCUUUGUUUCCUCUUUUGUCUAGCAAAUGGAGCCAAUAUUCUUGUUCUUGAGAAUACAGCUUCACCCAGUCAUCAUAUUUGGAUAAAAACUCUGCUAACGGCUCUGGCUGAGCGAGGUCACAACAUAACUUCCCUUUCACCUGAUCGUGAAGAGAACAAAAUCCCAAAUCUUCACUACAUUCACCUGGAGAAGGUCUACGAAGUUCUCUAUGAUGCCAACAAUGCUGAACAUACGGAAGAUAUGGAUUUUUUCAGUAUGACCGACAUGCCUCCGACUGCAAUGUACUUUAUGUGGAUUGAGUACUGUACGCAGAUAAUAAGUGGAGCUGCUAGUUCAAAGGGGUACCAAGAACUCUUAAAUUAUCCCGAUGAUUUUAAGUUUGAUUUAAUAAUCUACGACUACAUAAUUGGACCAAUGUUCCUCAACUUUGCUGAAAAAUUCGGAAACCCUCCUAUAAUUGCCGCUACUGCCUUCUAUUCAGCCAGUAUGACGACCAACAUGGUUGGAGGCGCAAUUUCACCGUCCUACAUUCCACUACCGUUCCUCACAUUUGAUCUCAACACCUUCUGGGGGAGGGUACAAAAUUACUUUAUAUGCACGCUUGAUCAUCUCAUCAAGACCUACUACAUUGCUCCGAAACUGAAUGCCAUAGCAAGGAAAGACUUUCCCAAUGGAGCUGAUCUUCGGGAUUUAGAGAAGAGAACCAAAUUGGUGUUGGUUAAUAAAAAUCCUGCUUCUGAUGUGAUUGAACCCCUUCUGCCGAAUGUUAUUCCCGUGGGAGGACUUCAAAUUCAGCGGAAUAAAGGACUUCCGGAGGAUCUGCAGAAGGUAAUGGAUUCUGCAAAGGAAGGAGCAAUCCUCUUUUCAUUGGGAACAAAUGUUCAGAGCGCUAUGCUGGGAAAAGCUCGUCAAACGGAAAUUCUGGAAGCUUUCAGAGCUUUGCCUCAGUACACGUUUCUGUGGAAAUUUGAGGCUGAUGAGCUACCUGUUAAGGUACCGGAUAAUGUGAUUGUGAGAAAAUGGCUGCCACAGAGUGAUCUUCUCGCUCAUCCCAAUCUUAAGCUCUUCAUCAGUCACUCAGGAUUGCUCAGUACACAGGAAGCAGCCUGGUUUGGUGUUCCAAUCCUUGGGCUUCCCGUCUUUGCUGAUCAAUUUGAUAAUCUUCGGAUGAGCAUGCAAGCUGGAGUUGCAGAGCAAGGCAGUAUUGGGAAGAUUGAGCGGUUUGAUUUCCAAAAACUCAUUGAGAAAAUGAUGAAGGAUCCAAAGUACAGAGAAAAUGCCAAAAUUCGCUCUCUGGCUUUUAGAGAUCAGAAGGAAACACCUCUGGAGCGGGCUGUUUGGUGGACAGAGUUUGUUCUCAGGCAUCCAAAUAUGACUUUCUUGAGAUCUUCAUCUGUUGACUUUGGUUUCUUUGUGAAGCAAUCCUGGGACGUCCUUGCGUUCUUCUUUUUUGUCUCUCUGUUCUCCUUUUUAAUUUUCUUGAAGAUAACUUGUCUGAUCUUCCGAAGCUGCUACAAGAAGAAGAAGUCGAGGAAGUCGAAGAAGGAUUAAAAGAAAUGAAGAAUUGAGGAAAACUAGGGCGAAAGUGAAAUUAGCUUGAAGGAAGAUUUGAAGCCUUGCUCAGAGUAGAAGAUCAAAUUAUAGGAGCAAAAGGAGUCCCGUUCAAAGGGUAUCAGCAACAGGCUUCUAUGUGGCUUGCUCUUAGGUGAAGACCGCACUUUCUUUGAAGAAAAGGAGUUUGAUUUAACUCGUACUUAAUGCGUGUAAAACCACUACUAAAAGAGAACCAAUAAAAUAUUUUUUCUUGAUUUUCAAA